UUUCGCCGAUUAAUACGACGUAUUAACUAAUAGUGGAAAUGAUCGGUCGCAAAAUAUACGCGCUCUACAUUUUGGCGUUCCUUGCUUUUUACAGUAAAGACACAGAUGCGGCGCGCAUACUCGGUUUCUUUUCGACGCCAUCGAAAUCGCACCUACUGAUACACGCCGCGAUCGCUGACACUUUGGCACGCGCUGGUCACGAUGUCACCGUAAUCGCCGUCUCGAAGAAUGUCUAUCCGCAUGCGCACUAUAAAUUCAUAGAGAUCGAAUUGGGCGAAGACGCACAGUUCAAUCAUAGCACUUUACAAAAUAUGGUCAAUAAACCGAAACCAUUCUACAUGAGUUUUUUCAACUUGGCGCAUUCUUUUGGCAUCACUGCAAAUCGUACGCUGAACCAUCCGAAAAUGCAGGACUUCUUACGCACGCAUGGCGCGGGCGCAUUUGAUUUGCUGUUACUCGGUUACACAGUCAACGAUUUCGCCAUGGGACUUGGCGCACACUUCGGUUGCCCGAUUAUUUUGUCCUUUAUGGUACAGCCAAUCUUUUUGACUGAUCUAUUGGUGGGUAAUCCUACGGAACACGCUUAUGCGCCGCCGUUGUUAAGUAAUCUGAAAGCACCGCUGACAUUUUGGGAACGUGUACUGAGCUUUUUAGGAAACUUUUUUGAGCAGUGGAUCAUGUUGCCGAUUUUUGAGAUAAAUCUAUUGAAGCUUUACAAUAGAGCUAUAAACGCGGCGCGUAUACUCGGUUUCUUUUCGACACAAUCGAAAUCGCACACACUCAUUCAUGCCGCCAUCGCGGACACUCUGGCACGCGCAGGUCACGAUGUCACCGUAAUCGCUGUCUCGAAGAAUGUCUAUCCGCAAGCGCACUACAAAUUCAUAGAGAUCGAAUUGGGCAUAGAUGCACAAUACCAACACAACACUUUGCAAAAUAUGGUCAACAAACCGAAACCUUUUUACAUAAGCUUCUUCAACUUGGCAGAAUCUUUAAAUUUCGCUGUCAAUCGUACGCUGAACCAUCCGAAAAUGCAGGAUUUCUUGCGCAGGCAUGGCGCGGGCGCUUUUGAUUUGGUGCUGCUCGGUUAUACAGGCAAUGAUUUCGCGAUGGGACUUGGCGCGCACUUCGGUUGCCCGAUUAUUUUGUCUUUUAUGGUCCAGCCAAUUUUUACGAUUAAUCAAUUGGUAGGCAAUCCUUCGGAGCAUGCUUACGCGCCGCCGUUGUUAAGUAAUCUAAAAGCGCCGCUGACAUUUUGGGAACGUGUACUGAGCUUUUUAGCAAACUUUUUUGAGCAGUGGAUCAUGUUGCCGAUUUUUGAGAUAAAUCUGUUGAAGCUUUACAACCCGCUAAACGGGGAGAGCGCACGCAUACUCGCCUUCUUCCCGACCACAUUGCGUUCGCAUCAGCUAAUGAAUUGCGCUGUGGCCGAUGCACUGGCCGAAGCCGGGCACAAUGUGACCGUGAUUGGUGCGACCAUGAAUGUGUACCCGCGCUCUAAAUACCGUUAUAUACGUAUCGAAGGAGUAAAGGUUGGCGAUGAAUUGAUAAAAAAAAUCGUAAAUGUACCAAGUAUGAACACCUACAAGUACAUGGGUUUAUUGCUGCCAUUUCUACGCGUACACAAUGCAACACUGGCGCAGCCGAAAAUACAACAGUUCUUAAAAACUUCACAAGAGAGCGAUUACGAUCUAUUGCUGUUGACUUAUUUAAUGAAUGAUUUUCAUCUUGGUUUGGGCGCACACUUCAAAUGUCCCAUAGUCGUUUUUUAUGUGUCAGAGCCGUUGCUAAAGAUACAAAGUUGGGUCGGGAAUCCCGAUGAGUUUUCAUAUGUGCCGAUACGUUUGAGCGGUAUGACGCAACCGUUAAAUUUUGCUAAGCGAGUGAGUAACUUUUUGUGGUAUCUACUCGAAAGUGUGGCGAUCGAUGGCUUCAUGAAGACACCGAUAGAAGAGUUUUACAAACCUGCAUUUGCAGUCGUCAUGCCGCCCUCCGCAUUGUUAUGCAGCCUGCUGCUGUUUAUCGCUUUAACCGCGUCGCGCUUCGAAUUGGCGUAUACCGCGCGCAUACUUGGCUUCUUCCCCUCACCCUCGAAAUCGCAUCUGAUCGUGCAUGCUGCCAUCGCCGACACAUUAGCGCAAGCUGGACAUGACGUCACCGUUAUCGGCAGUUCAAAUAAUGUAUAUCCCCAAGCCAAGUAUAAGUAUAUACAAACGGCGCAGCAUACGCUCGAUAGCUCUGUCAUCACGGGUAUGAUGAACAGUUCGUUCUAUAAGCAAUUCGGUAACAUGGUGAAGUCGAUCGCCAGCACCGCGAAUGCUUCCAUAACACACCCGCGUAUGCAGCGUUUUCUACAGGAGCAUGGCGCUGGCGAUUUUGAUCUGCUCAUAGUCGGUUACUUUAUGAACGAUUUCCAUUUCGGUUUGGCGGCACAUUUUCAAUGUCCAUUAGUUGUGUCUUUUAUGAUACAACCAAUUAUGACGAUCAACCGCAUGUUGGGCAAUCCCAACGAGAUGGCGUACGUGCCGACCCUGAUGGGGAAACAAACACAACCGAUGGGUUUCGUGGCGCGUGUGAAGAACCUUUUCAGCAUACUGAUUGAGGAGCUUAUCAUUGCGCCGUUGAAUUAUGGAUAUCAACAACAGCUUUACGACUUGCAACCGACGGCAUGUGUUGAGGCCGCACGCAUAUUGGGUUUCUUCGCCUCACCCUCGAAAUCGCACAUUAUCGUGCAUUGUGCCGUCGCAGAUGCGCUAGCGCAGGCCGGUCAUAACGUUACAGUCAUCGCUUCCGGUCCGAAUGUGCGCAGGCAAGCGAAAUACAAGUAUAUCGAAUUGGAUACGAUAGGCGACCAUCCGCUCAUGUCUACCGAUAUGGUGAAUAAACGCAAAUACUUUUGGCAGCGUUUCGGUUCACUUUUGGACACGAUUAGUACGAACGCGAAUGAGACGCAGCAUCAUAAGCGCGUGCAACAAUUUCUGCAGGAACAUCGUGCGGGCGAUUUCGAUUUGUUGCUCUUCGGUUAUUUCAUGAACGAUUUCCAGUUGGGUUUGGCGGGGCAUUUUCGUUGCCCCAUCGUGGUCUCCUUCAUGAUUCAGCCGAUCUAUGCGGUAAACCUAUAUGUAGGCAAUCCCAGUGAGUCAGCCUAUGUGCCGGGUAUAUUUGGGUACUUGGUGCAACCGAUGAAGUUUUUGGAACGUGUGAAGAAUAAGAUUGUCGCUUACAUUGAAGAAAUUAUCAUACAGAACAUGCUGGAUUCUUAUACAAGUAAAUACUACGAUCACCGCCAGGCACACGUUCCACACAGUAUCGAGGAGCAGUUCCGUCGCGGUUUAAACAUGUCUCUACGCGCUACUGUUGCCAUAUUUUUCGCCCUCAUUAUUGGCGGCUUCAACGCGCCUCCAGUGCAAUCCGCGCGUAUACUCGGUUUCUUUCCAUCAGUUUCACCAUCACAUCUGUUCAUACAUUGUGCCGUCGCAGAUGCACUGGCCGAGGCUGGACACAAUGUGACCGUGUUGUCUUCGACGAAGAAUCCUUACAAGUUGGCGAAAUACAAUUACAUACAAUUGGAUCUGCCGCUGUUUCCGAAGGAGUUUCUACGUCGCUUGGUUACCAAAGAGCAAUCGCUAAUCGCACGCUAUCCGUACUUCAUUGAAGAGGUCACAAGUUUGGCUAAUCAGUCCUUUAGCAAUCCGCGUUUGCGACAAUUCCUCGACACACAUGGUGAAGGCAGCUUCGAUCUGCUGAUUUUGGGUUACUUCAUGAACGACUUUCAUUUAGGUCUGGGCGCUCACUUUAAAGUGCCUAUUGUGGUCUCGUUUAUGGUUCAACCCAUUUUUGCCGUACACAAUUUGGUGAAGAAUCCAAUAGAGCCCGCCUAUGUGCCGACGUUGUUUUGCGAACGCAAGCAACCGUUGGAUUUUUGGGGACGUUUGCAAAACUAUGUGGUAGCGCUUUUCGAAACAUUUUAUAUGACACUCAUUGUGGAAAGGGAAUCGCAAAAAUAUUACGAUUACAACUUCCCACCAGACCGUUAUCCGCCAUUCGAAGAUGUGCGUCAGAACGUCUCACUUAUCUUCACCAACCACCACUUCAGCCAGGGACCCAUACGCCCCAAUGUACCCAAUCUAAUCGAAAUCGGUGGCAUACAAAUCAAAGAGAAACCCGAUCCGUUACCUGCCGAUAUUGCCAAAAUCUUGGAUGAAGCUAAAGAAGGCGCCAUCUAUUUCAGUUUAGGUAGCAACAUACAAGGCUCCCAUCUAACCGAGGAAAAGGUAAAGAUAAUGUUCAAUGUCAUCUCAAAACUACCCUACAAGGUCUUGUGGAAAUGGGGACCGAACGAUCGACCUGGCCAGUCGGAGAAUAUCAUCUACCGUGAUUGGUUGCCACAGGACGACAUACUCGCGCACCCCAAUAUCAAACUGUUCAUCACACACGGCGGCAUGGGCAGUGUUGUUGAGGCACAAUAUCAUGGCGUACCUAUGGUGGGUAUACCGUUAUUCGGUGAUCAGCCCUCAAAUAUGGCAAAUGUACAACGCUCUGGCUACGGUCUCGCUGUCGACUAUAUAACACUGUCAGAAGAGAGUCUCAACAAUGCCAUACAGGAAGUGCUCACAAAUCCCAAAUAUACAAACACUGUGCAAGAAUUCUCACGCCUCUAUCGCGAUCGGCCGAUGACACCACGCCAGACGGUCGUCUAUUGGGUGGAAUAUGUGCUGCGACACAAGGGUGCCAAGCAUAUGCAAUCACCGGCGGUGCACAUGAAUCGUUGGCAACUGAUGUCGCUCGAUGUGAUCGGUUUUCUGUGGGCGAUCUUCGCCGGUGUUGUGCUGGUGUGCGCAAUUGUAUUCAGACUGCUGUGUGGUGAAAAGAAAGACAAGAAGGAGGUAAAGGUGGAAAAGACAAAGCAAAAAUAGUGAACAAAGGGAAAUUUAAAAAGUGCGUAGCGUAGCUGUUAAAUGGAAUUUUCUUUCUUUUGCUUUGCGUUCUUUAAAGUUGAAAGAGAUGCAAAGUCGAGAGUGAAAGGAACUGAGAUGAGACGCUUUUUUACGCUGUUGUGGAGGAGUACGCUUUUCAAUUUAACAAAAGGCAUUAUUAGUUAGUCAAUAUAUGGAACUGAGCACACAUUUUCAUUAAUUCUUAUACAUUGUGUAUAUGCGAUUAUAUAUAGUUAAAAAAAAUAUUUCGAAUUUUAUAAAAAAAAAAAUAAUAAUAAAACAAUAAUGAAAAUUCUGAAUCA